AAUACACAACGCGCAUCGGGACUGAGGAGCGCAGCGCGGCGAGAACCGGAUCAUGAAGGCACCGCGCAGCGCCGCCGCGGCGGCGGGAGCUGCUCACCGGAAACAAUGAGCGAGGACACGCGGCCGGACGAUGACAGCUACAUUGUGCGCGUCAAAGCGGUGGUGAUGACCAGAGACGACUCGAGCGGCGGCUGGCUGGCGCAGGACGGCUGCCUGAGCCGAGUGGGCGUGUGCCGGCUGCUGGCGAGCGAACUGCUGGGACGCAACACCUUCCUCAUCCACGGAGAGCGCCUCAAAGACAAGCAGGUGAUCCUGGAGUGCUUCUUAAAGAAGGAUCUGGUCUACACGAAGGCCACGCCCACUUUCCACCACUGGAAAGUGGACAACAGGAAGUGCGGCCUGACCUUCCAGAGCCCGGCCGACGCCAGGGCCUUCGACCGCGGCGUGAGGAAGGCCCUGGAGGACCUGACCGAAGGCUCGACCACGUCCUCGUCGACGCUGCAGAACGAGGCGGAGCUCGGCGACGACGACGUCUUCAUGACGGCGACCGACAGCUCGUCCAACUCGUCCCAGAAGAGAGAGCCGCCGCCGCCGCGCCCGGCGUCGCCGCCGCACAACUUCUGCGAGGCCCGCCGGCAGCACCAAUGCAUCCUGGGACAUUUCUACGAGCACCACCGGCCCUCGGAUCACUACUUCCUGGACCAGGCGGUGCACGUGUUCCCUCGCCACGUCAGCUUCCAGGUGGAGGACGAGGAGGUCGUGCGCGUCACCCCCGGCGAGCGCUGCUGGCUCACCGGCUACGAGGACUACCGGCACGCCAACGCCGACGCGGCAAACCGGCCCGACGACCUCCGCGCCUACGUGCACUUCGCCAAGGCCGAGGCGCCCAAGCGCGACUACGCCUCCCCGUACCCGCUGGGCUGCGACGGCAAAGCCGGGGCGGCGGCGGCGGUGACGGUGCAGCCCGCCGCCGCCGCCCCGGGCAAGCGGCGCAAAGAGGACGGCGAGCGCUCGCGCUGCGUUUUCUGCCAGGACAUGUUCAACCACGAGGACAACGGGCGCGGCCGCUGCCGGGAGGCGCCCGACCCCGUCCAGACCUGCAUCCGGCGGGUCAGCUUCCUGUGGUGCGCCGACAGCCUGCUGUACCACUGCAUGUCGGACACGGAGGGCGACUACUCGGACCCGUGCUCGUGCGACGCCAGCGACGAGCGCUUCUGCCUGCGCUGGGCGGCGCUGGUGGGGCUGUCGCUGCUGGCGCCCUGCAUGUGCUGCUACGCCCCCCUCAGGGCGUGCUACCGCUGCGGCGUGGCGUGCCGGUGCUGCGGCGGGAAGCACGUGGCGGUGGGAUGAGCGAGAGGCGGCGAGGACCCGCGGGAAGAAAAACAUUUCCCUGUGGUUUUAUUUUGUACUUUUGUGACAUUGGAGACGUGAUGACUUCCACUUCUCACAAAGACUGAACAAAGAUUCUUCAUUUAUAUAUAAAAAUAUACAUAUAUAUUAAUCUAUAUAUAUACAUGUUUAUAUAUAUAGAGAGAGAUAUAGAUAUAGGUAUAUGUACUUUAUAUUUUUACACUCAUUUGUUUUAAAGGCUUAAAUAUGUCAUUUCUUCAGCGUAUGAAUGUCGUCUCAUUGACCACUUAAAGGGACAGUGCGUAGGAUUUAGAGGGUUUAUUGUCAGAAAUGGAAUAUACUAUUAAUAACUAUGUUUUCAUUCGUGUGUGAUCACCUGAGACUAAGAAUCGUUGUAUUUUUUGAUUGCUUCGAAUGAGCCCUUCAUGUCCUCUUUGCACUUUGUGUCUACGGUGGCUCAGAACGGACAAACCCAACACGGCAGUUCCCUUGACGGCCUUGUGGGGGCAGCGGUGAGCGGGCGGGUGUUCAGUCGGUUGCUCCUUUAAAACAUUCAAAACUCUAAAUUGGGACAUCCGUCUGUCUGUUGUGUCACAGCCCGUUGUGGAUACAUCACAUCAAUACAGGACGUUGUUAGCCUAGCUUAGCAUAAAGACUGGACAAAAGUCUAACGUUUAAAAAUGCAUCUAAGAGUUAAAAUGUUUUAUAUGGAAACACAACAGCAACGACGGCCAGGCCAGCUGUUUCCUUUAUGCUAAGCUAGGAUAACCAGCUGUUUCCUUUAUGCUAAGCUAGGCUAACCAGCUGUUUCCUUUAUGCUAAGCUAGGAUAACCAGCUGUUUCCUUCAUGCUAACGUAGGAUAACCAGCUGUUUCCUUUAUGUUAAGCUAGGCUAACCAGCUGUUUCCUUUAUGCUAAGCUAGGAUAACCAGCCGUUUCCUUCAUGUUAAGCUAGGCUAACCAGCUGUUUCCUUUAUGCUAAGCUAGGCUAACCAGCUGUUUCCUUUAUGCUAAGCUAGGCUGGACCCGUCGACCUCAUUGAAUCUACUGGUCAUACUGGUCCGUCUCUCCUGGUUUGUGGUCUGGAGGUUUGUUUAAUGGUAAGAAGAACAAAUAACACCGGCGAGAACAAAGAUACUUAAAGCUUAAUGUCUGUGUCUGUCUGUGUGUGUGUGUGUGUCUGUGUGUCUGUCUGUGUCUGUCUGUGUGUGUGUGUGUGUGUGUGUGUGUGUCUGUGUGUGUGUGUGUCUGUGUCUGUGUCUGUGUGUGUGUCUGUGUGUGUGUGUGUGUGUGUGUGUGUGUGUGUGUGUGUGUCUGUGUCUGUCUUCGCUGCUGAACAUUUUCCAAACGAGUGAUUUUCAGUUAAGCUAAAAUAUCGUUAUAGUCCUUUAAAUGCACAAGAGGAAACUUUAAGGUGGGAUGGAAGUUCGAGCGUCAGGAUGAAGCAAAUUUAUAUUCUGGCCAAAGUUUGGAACGAGACCCAAAAAUAUUUUUUAGCAAAGACAGAAAGAUACGUCUGCAACUCGGAUAAUGUUCUGUAUCAGGUAAAUAAAUAAAUCCCUAAUCUAAAUUA